UUCUUGUCCUCUGUACUCCGAUUCCAAAAGCAGUACUCGGGCUCAUUUUCAGAACGAGCUGUCAGCCCGUCAACAGAAUUUCACCAACACGUUGAGUGGUUCUCUAUUGACAAGUGAGAAUUUACACAAUUUAACACAGUCUCAACCCCGUGGCUCUGGAUACUCUGAACGCGACAGCGAACGAGCAAGUGUAGUGGGUAAUUCCACUGGGAGGAUUAAAAGGCGGUCAAGAAACCUUUCAAUGAAAUCCUCAAAGGGCAUAAGCAAGAAAAGCAAGACCAUGGACUAUACAAAUUAUGCCUACAAUGAGGCUGUGGGUCGAUUAAAGGUAAUGCUGGCCGAUAAUUCAUAUUCCACGCCCAAAUUAGGUGGUAGUUCGGGGUAUUUGCGAAAUUUCAACGAGGAUUCUGCAGAUAAUUUUUCGGACAAUUUAUCGGCCAUAGAGCGACCUGUAUAUUCGGAUAUAUCCAAAUACUUAUCGCCUAGUCAGAAAUCUCGUAUGAGCUCCUAUCGUCCAAAGAAGAGCUAUGGCCCAACUUUAAAUUCUACCUACCUUUCGGCGUCCAAAGAAAAUCUGGCUGCUCUUUAUUCGAAUACUCCGCCAUCAGUUCUUCCUAACGAAAGUGUUGCAGCUCCUGUGGAAAUAUUUAAUUUUAUUGAAAAACAAGAAGACUAUAUUGAGCAAUUGGAGAAGGAAUCGAAGUACUGUCGUAGUGAGUUAACCAACUUGUUGGGAAAAGUAAAAGACGUAAUCAAUGAGAACGAACAAUUGACGGAAAAUGCUCGCACUGAGUUUUCCGCAAUGGACGCUGGAGGGGGAAACAAGUCAAAAUCUCAGAGUAAUAUUGCAACUACUAGUCCUUCAUCGGAUAGUGAUGACCAUUUGGCCUUUGGAAGAAAAACGGCGCCAAGUACACCGAGAAAAUCAAAUCUAAAGGUGCAAUCACCACGCUAUGCCAGUGCGCCGAAUAUUGUGUACGAAGCCCGAAUAAGUGAGCUGGAGGCAGAGUUGAUGCAGGCAAACAUUGACUUAAAGCGUGUAAAGACAGAAAAUGAGGAGUUAAAAAGAAAAAUGUCCUACACAGAUCCUCUCACAGCAAUGGUGCCUGUCGGAGGCAAUUGUGAGGCUCAUCGCAAGCAACUAGAGCAAUUGCAACAGGACAAAGUGAUGUUGGAGGAAAGUGUCCAUCAGUUGCAGCGUUUGCUGGACGAGGCAAAGUCUCAGGGGCAUGCAGGUGCUAGCUCUAAGCGUUAUGUACAGGACCUUAUGCAGAUGGAACGAUCGCAGGCCGAACUCGAGGUCCGUCAUCUUCGAGACGAACUUGACCGUCAGCACGAGAGAGUUCGUGAACUGCAGCAUGAGAUGGCACGACGAUUGGCAGAAGAGCGAGCCAGUGCCGAGCGACGUUACAACAGUCAGGUGGAUCAGUUGGGUGGCGAUCUGAGCAGUCAGUGGGAACAAGUGACUAAGCUUCAGCUGGAGCUGGAGCGUCAGAAACGUUACGAAACGGACCUAAAGCGCGAUGUGGCCAAUCGAAACUCACAGAUAGAGGAAUUGAAGAUGGAACUAAGGGCCAAUAGGACUACGUUCCUGGCCGAUAUGGCACAGGUAAAUGCCGAAAAGCAGUCACUGGAGCAGGAGAUAACUUCUUUGCGUUUGCAAUUGGAUCGAGCGGCUAGAGAAACGAAAACGGAGGCAGCUCGUCUAAAUGCAGAGAUAAACUCAUUGCGUCAGCGUUUGGAUCGCGGCGAUGCAGAUUUGUUGCAUUCAAAGCGAGAAAUCUUACGCCUAAACGAUGAGAUAGCCAAUUUGGAAAAGGAGUUGGCUUAUGGAGAAUUGAAAAAUGAAAUACGACCCACCAAAAAGGAUUUGGAUAAACGUAUAUCAGAAAUGCAGGAUAAGCAUGCGGAAACGGUAAAUGAGCUCGAAGAAAUGAUAACCUCACAGAAGCAACUCAUGGAUAAACUAACAAGUGAAUGUAAAACUUUAACGGGCAAGUUAGAGGAUACAACCUACAGACACAAAGAGGAAAUAUCUGCUUUACAAUCGAAUCUAGAAUAUUUGUCUAAUCGAAUGUUAAGCAAUGAGGAGCAUAUGAGUAAAUUAGAUACAACAUCACAUGAUUAUGCUAGUUUAGUGCCUGGAAAAGCCGCCUAUGACUACCAGACUUCAACAUAUGGCACCACAAUCGAACCAAUACAAAGCACAACAUCACAACUACAACACAACAACCCAAACGAUGACUACACAGGAGCAGCAGCAGCCGCAGCAGCAGCCGCAGCAGCAGCCGCAGCAGGAGCAGUUGCAGCAGAAACACCAGCAACAUCAGGACCAACAACAGGAACAACAAAUGAGAAUGCAUCCCCAACAGGACGCAAAGCAAGCAUCUCUAAUGUCCUGUCGCCCCUUGAUGGAUUCAACGAUAAUGAUGAAAAUCUCAAGGACAACAUUGGCUUGGGCGAGAAGCAGCAACAACAACGGGAACGGGAACGCGAGCAACAGCAAGAAAAGGAACGUCUACGAGAGCGGGAAGAGCGAGACAGGGAGCUUCGAGAGUUGCGUGAGCAGCGUGAGAAGCGUGAAAGAGAACGGGAACAGGCCGACCAGCAGCAGCAACAACUGCAACAGCAACAGCAAAGUGAACUCCAACGUCGCUACAGUAAUGAGCAAAGCGAACAUCAACAACAACAACAACAGCAACAAUCCCUGCCCGAUACCAGUAUCACCAAUGCAGGAAGUGCCAACUUGGCUGCCUACAACACCGAUUACAGUGCCUACGAUCAGCAGCAAUACGAUGCCAGCGCAUAUGACACAAGCGCAUAUAGUCAACAGUCCUAUGACCCGCAGCAAUAUGCCGCCUAUGACUACAACAACGGCGACUAUGGACAGGCAGGAUAUCAAUAUGAUGCCACGCCAGCAACAGCAACAGCAGCACAGUCUCAACCGACUACAAUCGUUCACCACCGCCACUCACAACGCCGGCGUCAGCACUUGCGCCCACAUCUCCACCCACAUCAACUCCCUCCCCCACAGGAGUGGGCCGACCACAACCGCGCUCGGGCAGUGGAACUGUGGGGCCAACAGCUGCCCCAGGAGCACUCGGCUCUAGCAAAUCCUCUUUGCCACAACAGCCUGCCUCGGCCUCCGCCGGAAAGAAGUAGUUGGAGUCCAGAGUCAAACGAUUUGGAUUUAUCCGUUAGCAGUCCAAGUUUAAUGCGAUAUUCCUCCAAUGAUGAAACAUGUUCCGAGCUAGCUGAUUUAAGUGAAACCUUUGUCGUCGAAGUUGAUGAAGAUGCAAUAGCAUUGACAGAGGAGAGUCUAUCCCCAUGUAAUACUACGAUUAUCACAUCCAGAAGAUCCAGUGCUCCUGCUGCAGUGCAACAGCAUCGCCAGCAAAGUGAAGCCAACGAAACAGUCAUCAUUGAGACCAGCACAAAGUUUUCCAAUUAAUUAAUCCAACGUUUCAUUUUUAUACUUCCGAUCCAAAUAGGCUCAUAUGUUUCGAGGCUUAAAUAUACAUAUAUGUGUGUAAUUAUUGAAUUUA